AGGUUGAUCACACAAGAGGGGUGUUCACUAAUAGAAGUUUUACUGUAGAUUUUUUUACUAUUUUUCACUUUUCCUAGUGAAUUUUAGUACUUUUUCAGACUUUCAGUAGUACUUAAUAGUAUUUUUUAGUCAAAAAGUACGAAAAUUACAUAAAAAGGUUCACUUAUAAGUAAACCCCCCCUCAUAAUAAAAGACCCCCGGGGUCUUCUAUUAUGAAUUUCAUAUCAUAUUCCAAAAGGGGUCUUCUAAUAUGAAUUUCUGUGCACAGACGACCAGAAAGAUAAUAUAUUCUCUCUCCAUGAACAGAAACCCUUACUGUCUACUUUUAUUUUAUGAUUCUGUCGUCGACAAGACAUCAUUUUGCAGAAAUAAUAUUUAUACAAAUAAUUCUAAGAAAAUUUCGAUGAAGAAUGUAUUACAAGACCCGGGUCUUCUAUUAUGAAUUUCACAUAAUAUUCCAAAAGGGGUCUUCUAUUAGGGGAGGGUAUUGUAAUAUAUGGGGGUCUUCUAUUAUGAGGGGGGGUUUACUAUUUCCUGUUUGAAAAAAACUAUUCAAAGUACUUAAUAGUGUUUCUUUCAUACUUUUUUUCUUUUUUACACGGGUAGUGUUCCUGAUCCUGUUGCUGAAUCUCCUGAGGUCGCUGCUCUUCGUGCGACUUAUGAUCGUGAUUAUGUUCAUGGUGAUUGUGCUUCUCGUAAUCGUUAUGCUCAUGCUUAUGCUGCUAUUGCUUUUGCUAAUCCUAAUAUUCUUCCUCUUCCUAUGUAUUGUAUUGAUAAGGAUACUCCUUAUGAAAUACCACAUCCUCGUGUCUGGCGAGGUUUUUCCUAG